CCCUUUGCCCUAUUUUAAAACUGUGCAGGAUUGAUCCAGGUCCUGUAGUAGACAGAGAUUACAUUCCUGUAAAAAGUUUAAGUUAGGGUUAGUUGUGCCGAAAAUGUCAUUUCAGAGAUUACUAUCAAAUUAUCUUCUCAGAGGAAGACUAAUAUCAUUAAGAGCUCAGGGACAUAUUUAUAUUCGUCAUGGUACGGGAUUCAACAUCUCUCAUUUCUCAACCUCCCAGUCAUGGAGUGCAUGUUUUUAUUCGGACCCCACAGAGAUCGUCAAAGACAUUCCUAAUGGCUCCAAGCUUCUUGUUGGAGGCUUUGGCUUGUGUGGGAUCCCGGAGAAUUUAAUCAACGGCCUGUUGAAAACAGGAGUAAAAGGCAUCACGGCUGUGAGCAACAAUGCUGGGGUUGAUAACUUUGGCCUGGGAUUGCUUCUGAAAACCAAACAGAUAAAGCGCAUGAUAUCUUCAUACGUUGGGGAAAACGCAGAGUUUGAGAGGCAAUAUCUAUCAGGCGAGCUGGAAUUAGAGCUUACCCCUCAGGGCACAUUAGCAGAGAGGAUACGGGCCGGUGGUGCAGGCAUCCCAGCGUUUUUUACUCCUACAGGAUACGGCACUCUCAUCCAGGAGGGCGGCUCACCCAUAAAAUACAACAAAGAUGGCAGCGUUGCCAUUGCAAGCGAAAGCAGAGAGGUUCGAGAGUUUAAUGGCAGACAUUAUGUCAUGGAAAAAGCCAUCACUGGUGACUUCGCUUUGAUAAAGGCCUGGAAAUGUGACAAAGCAGGAAAUCUUAUUUUCAGGAAAACAACCCGUAAUUUCAACCAGCCUAUGUGUAAAGCAGCCAAAGUUACCAUCGUGGAGGUUGAGGAGAUUGUUGAUAUUGGAAGUUUUCCAGCAGAAGACAUUCACAUCCCCGGCAUCUACGUAGACCGGGUAGUGAAAGGAGACAGCUAUGAAAAACGAAUCGAGAAAAGGAUGGUUCAGACUAGUAAGGAAGAGAAACCUAAAAUCAAACAGGACUCAGAUAUAACCCGGGAGAGAAUCAUCCGGCGAGCUGCACUUGAGUUUGAGGACGGAAUGUAUGCAAAUCUUGGCAUUGGAAUCCCUAUGCUGGCCAGCAAUUACAUAAGUCCUGAAAUCACUGUCCACUUGCAGAGUGAGAAUGGAAUUUUGGGACUGGGUCCUUAUCCAACAGAGAGUGAAGUGGAUCCUGAUUUAAUCAAUGCUGGUAAGGAGACAGUAACAGUUUAUCCAGGCGCUGCCUACUUCUCCAGCGAUGAAUCCUUUGCCAUGAUCAGAGGUGGUCACAUUGAUCUAACAAUGCUGGGAGCAAUGCAGGUUUCCAAGUAUGGAGAUCUGGCCAACUGGAUGAUUCCAGGUAAAAUGGUGAAGGGCAUGGGCGGAGCGAUGGACCUGGUGUCUAGUGAUGCCACAAAAGUAGUAAUCACUAUGGAACAUUCUGCCAAGGGUGGGAAACAUAAAAUCUUAGGCAAGUGUACACUUCCUCUGACUGGAAAACAGUGUGUUGACCGUAUAAUCACUGAAAAGGCAGUCUUUGAUGUAGAUAAGAGCAAGGGUUUAACUCUCAUUGAGAUUUGGGAAGGACUGACACCAGAUGACAUCAAAGCAUGCACUGGGACGGAUUUUGAGGUGUCUCAACACUUACGACCAAUGCAGCAGAUAUGAGGCAAUACCAAGGAUUUAAAGAGAUGACAGCCUUCUGACAGUAUGCUGAGACAGGACCAGAGCAGCUGCCUUCAUCUCAACAUUUAUUUGCUUUUUUUUUGGAUGUGGAAUAAAUACAGAUUUCAGUGUUAAAUAUAUGCAUGACUCUCCUCACCAUGUUAGUUAAGACUUGCUGUUAAAAAUACUAGAACACAGUAACUGUCCAUGUGUGAAAAACGUCAUCUUUUAAGGUAAGGUUUACGACAUUGCCGAACUAUAAUGUUUCUGAAAUUACAUUGUCAUUUUAACAGAAGUGAUGAAAAGCAAUGGAAUCUGAAUAGAUUUAACAUUAAAUAUUUUAGUAUUAAUAUUGUUAAAUAUUAUUAUGCACUGAAACUUAUUUUAAUUGUGUAUUUUAAUGUUUGUGGGUGGUAACUAUAUUUCCGUACAAAACAAAAGCUAAACAGCACUAGAUAAUUAAUCUGUAUCAAUGCCACUUCAUGCUGAAUCACUUAUUCUUGCCACAAUUUGAAAUAAAUAAUGUUGGCGUAA